AUGUAUAUAAGUUAUAACAACGUGGCCGACCUCGUAUUAUGUUGUCUUCCACCUGUCAUUCAUUUUGAUCUCUCGUCCUCUGCAACUCUGUCUUCCCGAACAAUCUCCCACCGGUCGAACUGUCGAACUGUUGUCCCGUCUGCGACUGAGACCGACGACAGCAACGAGAACGACGACAUCAACCACAAGAACGAUUCUGGCCGUUUCAGUGCCACCGCGCCCAUGCGCGCCCUUUCCUACGCCAUCGUAGGGCUCCUCGGGGCCCUGGUGGCCCUCGGCGAGAUCCUCAGGCCUCUCCCCGAAAGCGCAGACCCGAUGGACCUGAAGUACCAGCCAUACCUCGACUUUGACCUGGACAGCUGCUAUAAUACGGCUGCCGUCAACAUUGUGGGUAGACGGAAUCGGGGGGCGACGAAGCCUAGCGGCCAAAUCAGUGGCAACUGUCGCUGGCGCCAGCAGCUGUUGAACAGCAACGCGUACGCACGCCGACGAUGCAAUAAUGGUGUGUGCGCCAUUAUGUACGCAUAUUACUUCGAAAAGGACCAGAGACACCCAAUAACCUUCCUACACGGUCACAACCACGACUGGGAGAACGUCGUCGUCUUCAUCAAGAAGGGCAGGAUCGUGCGCGUCGCGCCAUCGUGCGGGAAAGACUACGUCGAGGCGCAGAACUUUGACUUCUACGUCCUGAACGGCACGCACCCCCUCGUCGUCUACCACAAGGGGUUUGGCGAGGCGCACUGCAUGCGCCAGGCCCGCCGCCCGGACAUCGAGCAGGUCGAGAACCACUUCGGCCACUGGUACCGCAGCCCGCUCGUCAGCUGGAACAGGUGGCCCAGCCCGGGGCUGCGGGACCUCUUACAGACAUUUAUAAGGGCCCAGCCCAGAAUCGUCAAUGGCCAGUUUGGCGAUUCGCUGCACGCGGCUAUCAACCAGAGGAAUCCUCUGCCCGAAUUCGACCCCUAUCUCGACCGGGAGGGACCGCCUAUCGAGGACGUUGGGGAUCCUUAUGAUGUGGUGGAGGAGGAGGAGGAGGUGGAGGAGGAGGUGGUAGAGAAGAAGAAGAAGGGGGAGGAGGAGGAGGUAGAGGAGGUGGAGGUAGUAGAGGAGGUAGUGGUGGUAGAGCCGGAGGAGGAGGAGAAGAAGAAACCGAAGAAGAAGAUAAGGAAGUUAAAGAUAAAGAAGAAGAAGCCGAAGGAGGAGGAGAAGAAGAAGAAGGAUGAGCUGCCGGAGGGGAUAACGCAUCGGAAGAUGGGGAAUGACACUCCGGAUGCGUAA